AGUGUGGGAGCUGGAGACUUACUUAGAUUACCGUAGCAGCUACCUACCUAGGUACCUAGGUAGUUAGAUAGGUAGCGUAGCUCUCCGCUGAUCUGGCAUGGUCAAGCCCCAACUUCUCUGCAAGCUCAGAGCUCAACACUGCGGCUCAUCUUCCUCAGAUUCCAGAGUCCCAGACUAGCACCCCCCAUGACGAGCUCACAAUGGCUCCUCAUGCGGGGUUCGACACCGAACAUAUAAGAGACAAGGCUCGUAAAGACCUUCUUUAUCUUCUAGAGGGCGUCCGCGGCAAGAAGAAUCUUGUCAUCGAGCGCAGCCUGGCCGGUCCGGUUGGUGUCAUCGUCAAAGUCUCUACCUUGCACGACUACGGCGUUGAUAAGUUCUUUUUCCUGGAAAACGACAAUGCCGAUACUAGCCAGCGUAAUGUGAUUUUCAUGGCAAGAGGCGAGUGUGCUCGCCACGUGCAAGCCAUCGCUGACCAGGUCAAACGAUUACAGCGUGAGAGCCAAACCGGGCACGAGUUUCACAUUUUUUGGGUGCCUCGCCGAACCCUUGUGUCCGAUAAACUACUAGAAGAAGCCGGAGUUCUUGGUGAUGUGAAUAUCUCAGAGUUGCCAAUUUAUUUAUUCCCACUCGAGCGUGACGUUCUAUCCCUCGAACUCGAUGACUCCUUCCGGGACCUCUACCUCUUCAAAGAUACGACACCAGCUUUCCUUAUGGCUAAAGCAUUGAUGGGGAUACAAUCAAGACACGGUCUUUUCCCUCGCGUCGUCGGCAAAGGGGACCACGCAAAACGGGUGGCAGAGCUUUUGACGCGGAUGCGGCAGGAAAUCCUUGCUGGAGAUACUGCGGAUGAAGCAAACAAGGAGGGGCUUGCACCAAGCAACUCAAUUGAAAGUGUAGUCAUUAUUGACCGCGAGGUGGACUUUGUUACACCUCUUCUCACACAAUUAACGUACGAGGGACUGAUUGAUGAAGUCUGGGGAAUCCAAAACAAUCAAACAGAUGUGGACUCAACUCUCGUUGGAGCUCCACCGCAAACAUCCUCACAGAAUGCCUCAGCAGCCCCUAACCCUGGAACAGCUUCUAGAAAACGUAAGAUUCAGCUGGAUUCUUCUGAUAAGCUCUACGAGGGGCUCCGAGACACGAAUUUCGCCAUCGUCGGCACUCUGUUAAAUAAAGUGGCACGACGGCUACAAAGCGAUUACGAGAGUCGGCAUGGAACAAAAACGACUGCAGAACUCAAGGAUUUUGUGAAAAAGCUGCCCAGCUAUCAAGCCGAGCAUCAGAGUCUCAAGAUUCAUACUGGUUUAGCCGAAGAAAUUAUGAAACACACUCGCACUGAUCAGUUCAGUCGGCUACUAGAAGCUCAACAAAAUCUUGCCGCUGGUGCCGAUCCGAGCUCCCAACAUGAUGCGAUCGAAGAACUGAUUGCGAGGGACACGCCGCUCGCCGAAAUUCUUCGACUGCUAUGCAUCUAUUCCUGCGUGUCUGGCGGUAUUAAAACAAAGGAUUUUGACCAUUUCCGACGUUUGGUACUCGAGGGUUAUGGGUAUCAGCAUCUAAUAACUCUACAUAAUCUCGAGAAGCUCCAGCUCUUCCUAUCGCGAAGUUCACCAAUGGCAAAUAUGAUUCCCAUGCCAGGGACCGGCGCUGCAGCCGGAUCUAAGACAAACUAUACCUAUUUACGGAAGCAGUUGCGGCUCAUAGUUGACGAAGUAAACGAGCACGACCCAGACGAUAUCGCCUACGUGUAUAGUGGGUAUGCACCGCUCUCAAUCCGUCUGGUUCAAUGCGUUUUACAGAAGCAAUAUCUCUUUUCCAUCACGCGUAACAAUGCUGUUGCUGGCACGGGCAUUGUGGCUGGCAGCGGCGCACAAGGCUGGCGGGGUUUCGAUGAGGUUGUGAAACACGCGCGCGGCCCAGCCUUCGAUGACGUCCAGAAGGGUGAGGACAAGGCAAUCAAAGCUAGAGCGCUCCUAUCAGGAGGCGGUGAUAAGAAGACCGUAUUCGUGGUUUUCGUGGGUGGCAUCACAUUCACGGAAAUUGCGGCAUUAAGAUUCAUCGCGAAGAAGGAAGAAGCACGAAGGAAUAUUGUCAUCUGUACAACGUCGAUCAUUAGCGGGAAUAAGAUGAUGGAAGCAGGAAUCGAGAAGUCUUCGUUCGUGCAGGAUGACCCGCGGCCCCUAGUGUCUACCUAAAAUCCGUAAACUUGUUGGUUGGUGCUAUUGCAGUUUGGAGGUUGGGACUAGUGAUAGGAUGAAUUACAACAUGACGGUACUACCUGUUAGGCACAGCCAUUGAGAUAAAUAAAUCGUGGUAUUGUAACAAUGCGCUCAUAUGCUCAUCGCGGAAUGUGCCGAUACUUGGUACCAAUGCUUGACCUGACCCAAUAGUAGUAGUAAACCGGCAAAGUAAUGUGGCAUCGAGCUGGUCAAAGCUGCUGCGGCUCUCACCGGGUCCAGGUCUACACUUACGUACCUGGCAUGGCUGAGGGCGUGUGUGGUAAAAGUGAAACAUUGAAGACGUCGCAUGUUGGCCCGCACGGUACGGGCACCUACGAAGUAAGUAGGUAUGUAGAUAGAUCUAUCUCUUGCUGUCUCCUACCUACAAACAUACCUACUUAUUACUUACAUGUAGGUAGUAGAUAGGUAGUAGGUAGUGGGUAGUUUCUGGCAGGUCUGGGAGGCUACCUACCCUUACCCUCUUGCCCUUACUACGCUGGCGAUGUCACGUGGCCCGGAGUUUUUGAAUGGAAG